GCUUUACAAUAGAUUCUCAAUUAGAUAAUCAUUUAAAGAUGUAUGCACUAGAAAAUAAAGAUAAUCCAAACUUUACUCAACAAGAAUUGGCAGAUAAAUUUGAAAUCGGUCAAACAACUGUAGCUGAUAUUCUUGCACAAUCAUUAUAUUGGCUUGGUCUAGAUGAAGAAAGUAUUCUUCCUUUUACAGAAAUUAAUAAAUUUAUAGAUUCAGAAUUUCUUGUUGAUUUAACUAAUGAAGAAGAAAUGGAGUUAGAAAAUCUUAUUACACAAUUUCAAAAUUCAAAAAAUCCUGAAAACCCUGAAUACUUAAAUAUUUCUACAUAUAAAUCUAUUGAAAUUGAGAAAAAUUAUACAAUAGGUGAAAUGCCUACAGUCGAAGAUAUUAUAGCAGAGAUACAAGAAAAUGAGUCUAAAAAAGAACCAAAGCAACAAAUUAAACCUGUUACAGCAAUUCAAACCGUUAUAGGAUUAGAUUCAAUAUUAGGCUAUAUUGAACAACCAGAGUUAAGUCUUGAGAUUGAUAUUAAAGUUUUCUCAGAACUCAAGUGGAUAUGA